AGUCCGUGGCCCGAGGAGGAGCGGCGCGGAGGAGCCCGCCCCUUCUGGUCGGCGCCCGCGCGCCGCCUGCCGCCGGGCGGUGGGGGGAGCCCUCCGGCGGAAUGGCGCACGUGACCUACCUCGCCCGGCAGAACGACGGCCUCAUCCUGGUGGAGACCUGGGAUGACGCGAACAAAGUGACGCAGACGAUCAAGAGUCAGGCGAAGCAGCUGCUCAGAAAGCUCGGCAGCAUGCCUCCCCGGUGCUCCGUGGAGGCCGCCGGAGAUUUUGUCUUCCACUACGCCAUGGACAGCGGCGUGUGCUACAUGGCGCUGUUCGACAAGAGCUAUCCGAAGAACCUCGCCUUCGCGUUCCUCGAGGAGAUCCAGAGGCUCUUCGAGGAGGAGCUCCAGCGCGAGUUCGGGACGGGCUCCGUGGACUACAGGUCAAAGAUUGAGACGAUCGAGAAGCCGUACUACUUCAUCAAGUUCGACCGCCAGAUCACGAAGAAGAAGGCGGAGUACAAGGACCCGAAGUCGAACAAGGCGCUCGCGAAGCUCAACUCCAGCCUCAUGGAGGUGUCCAGCGUUAUGCAGAAGAACAUGGACGAGAUCCUGCAACGUGGCGAGAACCUGGAGGAGGUUGGCAACAAGGCCUCCAAGCUCAAGUACGCGUCCAAGGAGUUCGCUGGCAUGACCAAGAUGCUCAGUCUCCAGACGAUGCUGACAAAGUACGGCGUGCCGGCCGUGAUAGGUCUAUCCUACAGUGGUGCUGCUGAUCAUCUUCUUCAAGGUCUGGAAGCGGUGAGCGGCUCCUCCUCCUUCUCCUCCUCUUUCUCCUCCUUCUCCUCUUUCUUCCUCUUAUGUGUAUGGGGUUGCGCGGCUCCCGAUCCACGUGCUCGGGCGCUCGGGCGUGCCCGCGGCGGAGGAGCAGGAGCGAUGCCUGGGGAGAGCUCAGCCAACGCUCGCGCGCGCGCGCGGCAGGCGCGCGACGGCCGGCCGCGCACCCCGCGGGCGCCGCGCCCGCGCGGCGGGCCCGCGCCGCUUGCAGCCUCCGCCCGCGGCCCGCACCCCCGGCCGGCGGGCACGA